UUGAUGUUUCUCGGUCCUUUGCAGACACUGUACUCCAUUUCCUGUGUUGGGAGGGUUUAACUGUCCGGAAGCGGAAGUCUCUUUCUCUUCCGUUCUUUUCGGUGCUAUCCGCUGGCCGUCGCGAGCUCCGAUCGCCCGUCGCCAUGCCUCGGAAAAUUGAGGAAAUCAAGGACUUCCUGCUCACAGCCAGGCGAAAGGAUGCCAAAUCCGUCAAGAUCAAGAAAAACAAGGAUAAUGUGAAGUUCAAAGUCCGCUGCAGCAGGUACCUCUACACCCUGGUCAUCACAGACAAGGAGAAGGCAGAGAAGCUGAAGCAGUCCCUGCCCCCUGGUUUGGCAGUGAAGGAGCUGAAAUGAACUUGGACUGUAUUAAAAAUCUUCAAAAGUCUUGUGUCCUCUGUCUUUUU